AUGGAAAAACUUGGAUUCCACAGAGUAUCAAAUAACCCGGGCCCGGGUAAUCCGGCCAUCCACCAUAACCAGGCACCCCCACAGCACCCAAAAGUGACGCCGUUUAAGAAACAAUUGAAGGUCGACAACGCGCCAGGUAACAAGGUUGCGUUGGCCAACUUGAUCGCUGUCAACCCAGAUGACUUCCCUGAGGCUCAGGAUAAUCAGCCUGUUUUAUUGGAGAAAACAUUCGUCUACAGCAUCCAGAAGAACCCACAGCAGGCAAGAGGUACUGUUGGAUUGGCUGGCCAUGUUAGAAAGUGGUGUAGAACGUCGUUGAACCAGCCAGUGACGCUUGAGCUGUUCAAUAUCUUUGAGAAGGCCAGCGAUAACACUCACUACUUGGGCGAGGUUGAUUUUGUUAUUGACUUUCUUUCUGCUGGAAAGGCUAGAGAGGUUCACCUUAGUGAGGAGAAGCUCGUGGAAGUGUUCAAGCACACUUUCGAAAACCAGAUCUUGCAGCCUUCCCAGCCGAUUGUGAUGGAAUUUGAAGGCUACAUCUUCCUUGUGAUUGUACACGGCGCUCAGGUUCUCAACUUGGCUCAGUUGGGCACUACCGAACGUUCCAUGUCUGAAGAUAUCACCACGAAAGGUAUUUUGAUGGGCAGCACCAACAUCAACUUCUUUGGUGCUGAAAACACAAAGAUCCAGUUGAUCAAGAAGAAGGGUGCCAAGACCUCUAUGGCCAACAAGCCUCGUGCUAACCCUAUCAUCAACCCAGACUUCAAGUUGGAGAACAUGGGUAUUGGUGGUUUGGAUACCGAGUUCCAGCAGAUCUUCCGUAGAGCUUUCGCUUCGCGUAUUAUCUCUCCUGAUCUCGUGGAGAACUUGGGUUUGCGCCAUGUCAAGGGUCUUUUGCUUUAUGGACCUCCCGGUACUGGUAAGACGUUGAUUGCACGUCAAAUCGGUAAAAUGUUGAAUGUUAGAGAGCCCAAGAUUGUCAAUGGUCCAGAAAUGCUUUCCAAGUAUGUUGGUUCUUCUGAAGAAAACAUUAGAAACUUGUUCAAGGAUGCUGAACAGGAGUACAAGGCCAAGGGCGAGAACUCCCAGUUACAUAUCAUCAUCUUUGAUGAAUUGGACUCUGUGUUCAAGCAAAGAGGUGGUGGCCGCAGUGAUGGUACAGGUGUUGGUGACAACGUCGUUAACCAGUUGUUGGCAAAGAUGGACGGUGUGGACCAAUUGAACAACAUCUUGAUCAUUGGUAUGACUAACCGUUUGGACUUGAUCGAUAACGCUCUUUUGCGUCCAGGUCGUUUCGAGAUCCAGAUUGAAAUCUCUUUGCCUGAUGAAAAGGGCCGUAAGGAGAUUUUGUUGAUCCACACCAAGAAGAUGAAGGACAAUGACUUGUUGGCUGACGAUGUCGACUUUGACGAGGUGGCUAACUUGACCAAGAACUUCACUGGUGCAGAAUUGGAAGGUUUGGUGAACUCGGCCUCCUCUUUUGCAAUUAACCAGUACACAAAGAGCGAAAACAUUGCUAAGGUUGACCAGAAUAUCGCCAAGAUGAAGUUGACCCGUAAUGAGUUCCUUCUCGCACUUAACGAAGUUAAGCCAGCUUUCGGUGUUAACGAAGAGGACUUGAACUUGAACUUCCCAUACGGUGUUAUUGAGUACAACAAGCGUGUCCAUUCCAUCUUCGACAGAUUGACUUCCUACAUUGAAGAAGUCAAGAACUCAGAAACCGAAAGACUUAUCAGUGUUUUGUUACACGGUGAGCCAGGUGUGGGUAAGACCGCCAUUGCCUCGAUGAUGGCACUCAAAUCCGAUUUCCCUUACAUCAAAAUGCUCAGUGCAGAAAACUUGGUGGGUAUGUCUGAGGCCAUGAAGAUCGCUACCAUUGACAAUACUUUUAGAGACGUUUACAAGUCGCCACUUAACGUGUUGGUGAUUGACAAGAUCGAAACCUUGAUCAACUACGUGCCUAUCGGCCCUCGUUUCUCCAACGAUAUCUUGCAGAUGUUGAUCGUUAACUUGAACAAGAAGCCUCCAGGAGGCAGAAGAUUGCUCAUUAUCGGUACCACCUCGCAGUACUCCGUCUUGAAGCAUAUGAGCUUGGUGGAGAACUUCACAAAGACCAUCGAGAUGAAGAAGAUCACCGAAAUCACCGAGGUCAGAGCUGUAUUUGACGAAAUGAACUUUAUGGAGCCCAACGAGCGCGAGCAGGUGCUUGAACAGUUGAGCCGCUACGGCGAUGGCCGUGUGGAAAUCGGUAUUAAGAAGUUGAUCCAGGUGAUGAACAAUUGCAAGUACCUCAAUGCCGACGUUAACCUGGCUGUUGAAAACAUUCUCGAAGCUCAGGUUCAGUAA